AUGAGCGCGGGAAUGAUGUUCUGCCCUGAAUGCAACAACAUGUUGCAGCCGAAGGAAGACCGGCAGCGGCAGCAGCUGAAGUUUCUGUGCCGCCGCUGCGACUUCUUCAGAUACGCCGAAGGCACUUUUGAAGAAAACUGCGUCGAAAGAAUUAACUUCAGCUACAAGUCCAAAGAAGACCUGAUGGUGUGUCCGGAGUUGCCGCAAGACCCGACUCUGGGCCGCGUGCCGGACUGGCGCUGCCCGCAGUGCGGCUCCCGCGGCGCUGUCUUCUUUCAACUUCCCGAACGCCUCGCAGAAGACGCCAUGACUCUCGUCUACGUCUGUGUCAGUGCGGGCUGCGGGGCCGCGGUGAAGCAGGACGCUGCGGCGCGCGAGGAACGGGAAGAAAGUCCGGAAAGUGCAGAACGGCUGCAGCCGGAGGCGGCGGCGAAGUCGCCGCCGCCGGAGGACGCGGGGGAGCCCCACGAGGCGGAGGGGGUGAAGGGCAUUGACGAGGGCGAGGUGGACUCGGAGGGCGACGGGGACCUCUUCGGAGAAGAAAGGGGUUUUGGAUUGCCCCAAGACCUCGAAGAAGAUCUGCUGCAGCAAAACGCCUUCGAUGCUGCAGCAGCAGAAAAUGAACUUGAAAAAGAAAUUGCCCUCCAAGACACAGACCCUGACGAAAGCUUCGCCUUCGCCAGAGUCUAA